GAACGAAUAUCGAAAAUAGCACCUCCUCUUGUUCAGCACCCAAAGGACGAAAGUGCGAGAUUCGUCUGUGUUGUCUAUUAUAGCUAGCUAAUUAUUACUGACUGCCCAUAUUUGUGUAGAAACGUACAGAUUUUUUUUUUUUUUUUUCGCUUGAUGUGACAAACUUAGUUAGUGUCAAACAUGCGUAAAAACCUACGCCAUCCGAACAGGGAACCGCCGAGAAAGGAAUUAUCGCCACUCAUCUGAGGCCAAACUCGCCGAUUUUGUUUUGUCAAAUAAGGAAACAAAACAAGAACCUCAGCUAGCUCGACACAUCACCACGAAAAUACCCACUACACAGGGACCUCAAAAACAUCUACAUUCGUUUUACAGUUGGAAACCAGUGUGUAGGUAUGGGGGCGUUCCUGGACAAGCCUAAGACCGAGAAGCACACGGCCCAUGGCCAGGGCAACGGGCUGCACUAUGGCCUGAGUAGCAUGCAGGGCUGGCGGGUGGAGAUGGAGGAUGCCCACACUGCCAUGGUGGGCCUUCCCCAAGGCCUCAACGACUGGUCCUUCUUCGCCGUCUAUGACGGGCACGCCGGCUCCCGCGUCGCCAACUACUGCUCUUCCCACCUGCUGGAGCACAUCCUGUUAGGGGGGGCUGAGUUCACCCCGGGUAUGGGCUCAGUGGAGGGCGUGAAAGAUGGGAUCCGCGCUGGCUUCCUGAGGAUCGACGAGUACAUGCGCAACUUCUCGGACCUGCGGCAUGGGUUGGAUCGCAGCGGCUCCACGGCAGUGGGUGUGCUGCUAAGCCCCUCCCACCUCUACUUCAUAAACUGUGGCGACUCCCGGGCCGUGCUGAGCCGAGAAGGGCGAGUUGGAUUCUCCACACAGGACCACAAGCCGUGUAACCCCAGAGAGAAGGAGCGUAUCCAGAAUGCAGGGGGGUCAGUGAUGAUCCAGAGGGUGAAUGGUUCCCUGGCUGUGUCCAGAGCCCUGGGGGAUUAUGACUACAAGUGUGUGGAUGGGAAGGGUCCCACAGAACAGCUGGUCAGCCCAGAGCCAGAGGUGUGUGUGUUGGAGCGUGCUGCCGAGGGGGAUGAGUUUGUGGUGCUGGCGUGCGAUGGGAUUUGGGAUGUGAUGUCUAACGAGGAGCUGUGCGAGUUCGUCAGGUCCCGGCUACAGGUGUUUGACGACCUGGAGAGAGUCUGCAACGCUGUGGUGGACACCUGCCUGCACAAGGGCAGUAGGGAUAACAUGAGUGUGGUGUUGGUGACUUUACCGGGAGCUCCCAAGGUGUCUGAACAAGCGCUGAAGAAAGAGGAGGAACUGGACAAAUACCUGGAGACUCGUGUAGAGGACUUGCUGGGUGGCUGUGGAGAAGAGGGGGUUCCUGACCUUGUGUCUGUUCUGAGGUACAUCGCCUCUGAGAACAUCCCCAACCUACCUCCUGGAGGAGGCCUGGCCAGCAAGCGCAGUGUGAUCGAGGCGGUGUACAGCAGGCUGAACCCACACAGAGAAGAGGAAGGGUGUGAUCUGGAGGACCACUGGUAGUCGUGGUAACGGCGACCCCCGGUCUCCUCCUGUGAUUGGUCUAGCCACCCAGAGGGGGAGUUGCCUCCUCCACACGCCCAGUGGACGACGUGCAUGUGUGUGAGGAAGAACCCACACACACACGCUCUGCUGUUACCUGGGAGGAGUGUGUUUUUGGAGGUGUUGCGCUUUUAAGGACUGAUGAAACGUCAGGAUGGUAGAAGAUGAUUUUUACCUUCCAGGUUUUCUGGUGUUUUAUUUUAUUUUUUUGAUGUUGUUGACAUUGAUCACCCGACUACACACGGACAUGAGGACCUGAGGUGUAUUUGUUUGUGUGUGUGAAAGAAAGCUUUGAGGCGGGGGACCAGGAACCAGACCGGUUCAAUCUGGCUCUUGUCUUGGACCCGAACACACACACAUCCUUCAACCUUACACACCACACCCUGCACAUGCAUGUACCACACACACACACACACACACACACACACACACACUCAGAGGAAGGUCCACGUGCUACAUGUUGAUGGUUAUCCAACCCCUCACGACCCCCUCUGCAAAACUCCACCGCUACUGGACAGUUAUUGGUUAAAACUGAUCCCACCUGACUGCCUCUGAUUGGCUCCUGCUGAUGGAUGGAGAUUUGUGAUGUUUUUUUCCCCUCUUGUUUGCUGUCAGAUAAAGGAAGGAGGGGAAAGUGGAGUGCUGAAUCCCAAACCAGUUCCUUCCCCCUCGGCCCUAGAUUUGCGCGUUUGUGCCAGCUAUGUGCACACGUUUCCCAAAGCUGAGGGAGUGAAAAUAUUGUGGGAUUAGGGGCUAAUUCGACCCUGUUACACCUUGAUACUUCACAGAAAACUAGUAUACCGACACCCAACACAACAUGUUUUGGAGUUUGUGUAAGCUCAUAAUUAGGCACGCAUUUUCACAAUUUGUCACACAUAUUUGUUGUUCUGACAUAAUGAAUUAUAAUUCCUUCCAAAUGAAAUGUUCAAUUUAUUACGAUUUACACUAUAUAUUGAAACAAUGGGACAUUUCUCAAUUAGGAUUUCAUGCACAUUUUAAUUUAUGAACGUGAAUUGCAUCAUGCAAGUCAUGUGUGUCCCAAAGUUGGGGUUCAUUGAUCACUUCGUUGUGCUGAAAAUUGUGUGACAAUGGAGGGACCUCAGUGAGUUGGUAGAUGCAAGGGACUGGUUUGGGAUUCAGCAGAGGACUAUAAGUCUCUCUUCUCUCGGGUGGGAAUGGGCUCACAAUGGUGGAUUCUGAGGGGGUGGCUUUUGUGUGAAGAUCUCAUCCUGUGUGAUGUCACUGGCUGGACUGAGGGAGGGAGGGAGUAGGGCUUAGGGUGUCACUGUUGGACCUACUGUGUCUAAAUCAGACCUCUCCUAGAUCCCGCUCUCUCACCACCUCCCAGCCCUGCCGCUCUUCCCUGCCCCCUGAUCGAAGCAGGAUCAAUGGUUAACCUAGUCACUUCGAUCAACAGUCACAUGUAGCUGUUUUAUUUGACAAAUUAUUACAGAAGUUGAAUUCAAAUGUCACUUUUUUUAAACUAGGAAAUAUGGAUUUUGAGAAUAUUUAGGAACUUUACCUAAACAUUUGAUCCUGCUUUGUGACGACAUACCCUCUGGUGGACUCAGUUGGCCCCCAGACUUCUAGUUUUAAAGGUGCACCCCGCAAUGUGACAUAACAUUACACUGCAGGGCAACUUCCUGGUUACACAAUUCAAAUCUACCAAAACUGACACUUAAUAAUCUGUUGCUGUUUUCUUUAAAGCAGAGUGCUGCCCUCACUGUAUGACGAAGUCAGACUGUGGCAUGUACCUUUUAACCCAGGUAGAGUCCCCAGUGUUAACCCUGUGUUCCUGGUUCGGACUACAUCGGUAAUGUUUUGUUUUUGCUGUUUGGUUGCACUCACAUUUUGAUUACAGAAAGCGUCUCUAUAUGAAAUAAAAUACCUGCCAAGGACCAGUGGC